AUGGCUGGAUUCUCUCUGAUUUCAACACUAAUGGUGAUAACCUGCAUCCUGCUACCACUUUGUGCUGCUCAAGCCUCCUGUAACGGGCGGUGUGGAGAGCCCUUCUCCAGGGGUCAGGUGUGUAACUGUGAUUAUGAUUGCCUCACCCAUGGAGAAUGCUGCAAGGACUUUGAGGCUGUCUGCCUUACAAAGCCUCCUAAAAGCAAGACAAACAAGAAGUCAGAUGUGUACCCUCUCAAAUCUAAGAAGCCUCAGGACAGCGAGAGUGAUGAAGUGACUACAGACUACACUGAAACCCCAGUUGUGCCAACACGUGCUCCAACACAGGUGGCACCUAAUGCCUUUGGAGGUGAUGUCAACAAACCAGGCCCAUCUGAAUAUGCACCCGGUGUCCUGGACAACAAGGGUAAAUAUGUGCCUAUCUCUGAAGGACCCAUGUCUCCAUUAAACCCAGGGAAAAUUGUUCAGCACAGCAUGUACCCAACCUCACCAGAAGGCACUGUCUUCCCAACUGCAAACUCCCCCAUGCCAGCAGGAGGACCAGCCCAAGCCGGAGGUCCUUCUUCUGGAAAACCCCUCACCAUCCCUUUUCAGGUUUCUCUCUCCAUUAAUGGACCCUCUGGUGGUCUUGGUUCUGGCCCGUCCAGACCCAGCACUCUCGCAGACAUUGCUGAGGCUUUGGGAGCCACCAACCCAACUCUGCUUCCCAACGGCAACUACAGUCCUGACCUCUGCGCUGACAGUCCCAUCGAUGCCCUUGCUGCUUUGUUCAACGGCAGUAUCAUCGUUUUCCGAGGCCAUUUCUUCUGGCUGGUGGACCCCAGGACCAAAACCCCAGGCCCUGCUCAAAGUAUAGUCGAUGUGCUAGGCAUUCCCUCUCCCAUCGACACGGCCUUCACACGCUCCAACUGCCAGGGCAAGACCUACAUUAUCAAGGGUGAUAACUACUGGGUUUUUGAGAACGGUGUGAUGGAACCUGGUUACCCCAGGUCUGUGUCGGUCGACUUUGGAGGGCUCACCGGUCAAAUUACAGCAGCUCUGUCUGUGCCUGCCACCAGGAAGAGGCCUGAGUCUGUGUACUUCUUUAAGAAAGGAGGUCUUGUGCAAAAAAUGUCAUACCCAUCUGGAAGUGGCCCAUCCUGCAGCGGCAAGAAAGGCAAAACCAUGGCCAACAUCAUAAGGAGCCGCCAUGCCCGCCAAGCAGGAAUACAACUGACUGGAGAGAUCAACAUUACUCUGUCCUGGAAGGGAUUCCCCACUCCAGUCACUUCAGCCCUGACCAUGCCCAACCCAAGGAAGCCUGACGGAUAUGACUACUUCAUCUUCUCCUGGCCCAAAGUCUUCAACAUCAAGAUCACUGCUGAGUUACCGGCUCUGGCCUCUCCAGCCAACGGAGGUUCCCCUCAGAACAUUAGUUCCUGGCUCAACUGCCCUUAA